AUGAUUGCGGAGAGCAUGUCACCAUCCGAAACAAGCUCAUCUUCCUACAGAGCUGGGUCGGAGAAGCCUGACGCUGUCAGGCCCCCCUCACGAACAGCCUCGCAUGAACAAAUCCCCGUCGGAACAGAGAAAGGCCAUCAUGAUGGAACGCUAGAGGAUGAGGCUGCUGUGGCUGCUGCUAGCGCCCCGCUGGAUCGCGUGCCCUCUCAGGCACAGAAACUGGGGAAGAAGAAGAUCUUGGUCGUUAUGACCGCUCUUUGUUUGGCUCUGUUCUUGGCAGCUCUGGACAUGACAAUUGUCUCGACAGCACUCCCCACUAUUGCCAACCACUUCCAUGCAUCGGAGGGUGGGUACUCAUGGAUUGCGUCCUCCUACAUGCUGGCGAACGCCGCCUGUGUUCCCCUCUGGGGUAAGAUCAGUGAUGUCUGGGGCCGGAAAAAGAUCAUCCUGAUUGCCAAUUUCUUGUUCUUGGUGGGCAGUCUCAUCUGCGCGUUGGCAGUGAACCUGCCCAUGAUCAUCGCCGGCAGAGCGAUUCAGGGCGUUGGCGGGGGUGGAAUCAUCGUUCUAGCUAACAUUUGCGUGACGGAUCUGUUCAGUGUUCGGGAACGUCCGAUGUACUACGGCAUUUUUGGGUCGACCUGGGCCAUUGCAGGGGCCCUGGGUCCUAUUAUCGGAGGUGCUUUCACCACCAGUGUAACCUGGCGGUGGUGCUUCUACAUCAACUUACCUAUCGGAGGCUUCUCGCUCGUCAUCCUCAUAUUCUUCCUCAAGAUCGAAGCCAGCAAAGUGCCCCUUCUUGCAGGACUCCGCUCUAUCGACUGGUCGGGCACCUUCCUCAUGAUCGGCGGCACGCUCAUGUUCCUCUUCGGCCUCGAAUAUGGCGGCGUCAGCUACCCCUGGGCGUCGGCCACGGUGAUCUGCUUAAUCAUCUUCGGAAUCGUGACGUGGGUCGUCGCCUUCAUCAAUGAGUGGAAGAUCGCGCGCUAUCCAGUGAUCCCUCUCCGGCUGUUCAACAACUUCCACAACGUGCUCAUGCUCCUGAUCAAUUUCUGCCACAGCUUCGUCUUCAUCUCCGGGUCCUACUACCUCCCGCUCUACUUCCAGACGGUGCUUCUGGCGUCCCCGAUUCUCAGCGGUGUCUACGUCCUCCCCACCGUGCUCAGCCUCUCCAUCUUCUCCGCGGCCACGGGCGUCGUCAUCAAGAAGACCGGCCGCUACCGCGAGCUCAUCACCGGCGGUCUCCUCCUCAUGACGAUCGGCUACGGCCUCUUCAUCGACCUCAAGGCCUACGCUAGCUGGCCGCGCAUCAUCAUCUAUCAGAUCAUCGGCGGUAUCGGCACGGGCCCGCUCUUCCAGUCCCCGCUCGUCGCCCUGCAGGCCAACAUCCACCCCAGUGACAUGGCCGCCGGCACGGCCACCUUCGGCUUCAUGCGCCAGGUCUCCGCCGCCAUCUCCAUCGUCCUUGGCACCGUCAUCUACCAGAAUGUCUUCGCCAGCCGCAUGCCCCAGAUCGCUGCCGCCGUCGGAGCCGACAACGCCCACGCCAUCGCCUCCUCCUUCAGUGGAUCCCAGGGCGAUCUCCUGCGCUCCCUGCCCAAGGCCCAGCGCCAGGUCGUCCUCGACGCCUACACCACCGCCUUCAGCCGCAUGUGGAUCUUCUACUGUGCCAUCGCCGCCCUCGGCCUGGCCCUGAGCCUGCUCGUCCGCCCCGUCACCUUGAGCAAGGCCCACACCAUCGCGAAGACCGGCCUGGAGGAGCAGGAGAAAGCCCGCAAGGCCGUCCUAGAGGCCCAGCAGAAGCAACAACACGGCGAACCCCAGCCGAAGGAGGAGGUAUAG